CACUCGUUCGCUGUUCUCAGCUGAAGGCUCCGGUACUUCUGUAGGCGGAUGUGCGGCACCUGCUUUCCCGUCGAGUGGCCGACACCGGAGGUUUGUCGGUACUGGCCCAUUUCGUAUUAGUUAUGGCCUUGCCUAGCCCGGAGAAGCCGGCCGACUUAUUAUUAAACGAGUCUGACAGCAGCGUCUCGCCAGUCGACGCACAGAAUGGCCCGGGCCACUCGGAGCAGCCACUGCUGCCAUGGGACCGCUUCUCCUGCUGGCUGCACUGUGUAUGCGUCGUGGGCUUCGAUCUGGAGCUGGGACAGGCUGUGGAGGUAAUUUAUCCUCAUUCUUCAAAGCUCUCUGAUAAAGAGAAAAUCAGCAUUUGUUAUCUGUCUUUUCCAGACUCCAAUUCAGGUUGUCUUGGAGACACACAGUUUUGUUUUCGAUUUCGCCAGGCUGCUGGCAAGAAAAUUCCAAUUUGUUAUGCCCUGGACCAUUUAGAAAGAGACGCACCUAUUUUUUUAAAGAGUGAUCCAGGUCAUUUCUAUGGCUAUGUUUAUUUUAGACAAGUUCGCGACAAAACAUUAAAACGAGGAUAUUUUCAGAAGUCUCUUGUGAUGAUCAGCCGGCUGCCCUAUGUAAACUUCUUUCACAGUCUGCUGAAGUUAAUAGCUCCAGAGUAUUUUGAAAAGAGUGAGCCAUGUCUAGAAGCUGCUUGCAAUGACAUUGAUCGUUGGCCUGCACCAUUUCCUGGAAAAACACUAAGCUUACCUAUAAUGGGAGUUGUCAUGAAGGUGCGUAUUCCAAGCUGUUAUGACAAGCCUGGCACAAUUCAGAUUGCACAGUCAUGUCAACAGGAUGAUGCUCAGGUGUCUGUUGUCCUGCCAACGGUCCAUGAAGUAGACCUUUUUAGGUGCUUUUGUCCAGUUUUUUUUCAUAUCCAAAUGCUUUGGGAGCUGGUAUUGCUAGGAGAGCCUCUUGUUGUUAUGGCCCCCUCACCGUCUGAAUCAUCAGAAACAGUUCUUGGGCUAGUCAGUUGUAUUUCUCCACUUAAAUACAGCAGUGACUUUAGACCUUACUUCACUAUUCAUGACAGCGAGUUCAAGGAGUACACCACACGCACUCAAGCUCCGCCAUCUGUAAUUCUUGGAGUUACCAACCCAUUCUUUGCAAAAACUCUUCAGCACUGGCCUCAUAUCAUUCGAAUUGGAGAUAUGAAGCAAGCAGGGGAUAUUCCUAAACAAGUAAAAGUCAAGAAGUUGAAGAAUCUAAAGACUUUAGAUUCUAAGCCUGGUGUAUAUUCUGCCUAUAAGCCAUUCCUAAAUAAAGAUGAAGAAAUUAUUAAACAGUUACAAAAGGGUUUACAACAGAAGCGGCCCUCUGCAGCACAGAAUGCCAUCCUUCGACGAUACUUCUUAGAGCUCACUCAAAGCUUUAUAAUUCCUCUGGAAAGGUAUGUAGCCAGUCUGAUGCCUCUUCAGAAAAGUAUCUCCCCUUGGAAGAAUCCUCCUCAAUUAAAACCAUUCAGUCAAGAGGAAUUCAUGAAAACCCUUGAAAAGACAGGUCCACAGUUAACCUCUCGACUAAAAGGUGACUGGAUUGGACUUUACAGGCACUUUCUUAAGUCUCCAAAUUUUGAUGGCUGGUUUCGAAGACGAAGAAAGGAAAUGACUCAGAAAUUGGAAGCCUUGCACUUAGAAGCCCUUUGUGAUGAGGAUUUGCAACUACGGAUUCAAAAUCACACUGAGGUGGAGACUGUGGACCUUGUACUGAAGUUGAAAGACAAACUGAUGCAAGCAGAGAGAGAGAGGCUCCCUGUGAAGGCUGAUACCCUGUCUAGGCUACGCACUCACAUAGAGACUGUUAUUGGAACCUUGCCAGAGGACUUGCAAGGUAUCCUACUAAAACCUGGUAGCCCCCAGGAGGCUACAUCAUAGCUGCUACAGGGAAGAACAGGAUGCCAUGCCAUUUCUACUAAUUGAGGAGCAAAAAGGAAUGGGAAGUGACUGAACUGGUUAAAUAAGCAUUAGGCAAGAGAGCAAAUGACAGACAUGAGGAGUAAUGGGUAGUGAUAAACUUUGUGACUGUGGUUUUAAAAUAAGUGCACUUGAUUAGCUGAUUUGAACAUGCAAAUAAUUGCCAUUGCACUUAUUAAAGUACAUACUGUGCCUGCGAUUAACUGGCAAGUGCAUGUAUAGUUCAUAUUCUAAAAUAAUAUUCUGUGAGGCAGUUUAACAGAACAUAGAUGAAGGCACUUCUUUGAGUUAUUCAUAACUAUAUCUGUUGACAUAUUUAACAUACUCGGCUGGGAGGAGUAACGAAUUUGAGAACAGCACGUCGCAUAGUAAAUGGAAACUCACUUGAAUAUAAUCCGCACGUAAUGCACGAUACCGCUGAUGCUGCUGCUUAGAAGUCCAGCUCCAUUAUAGCUCACUUUCAGGCUUCAUUAUUCAUUUCCACUCAGAAGUCUGACAGCUUUCUCUUUCAUUUAUUUAAUGUUUCUUAGUAAUCAAUGUUUUUAUUUUUUUUCUUGUUUUCUAAUGUUUCCAGCACACUUAAUGUUGUAUCCAAAAGCACAAUUAUGUUUUCUUGUCUUUAUUUCUACUCACAAAUAGAUACAAAGUUUUAAAGUUGGUUUCGAUUCAAAAGAGAGAAAAAUGAAUAUUUUUUACUAUACUUAAAAUCUCUUCAUUGAGGUGUUUUGUGAGCUGGCAUUUUACACUACCAUAGUUUUACAUUAUUUUAAAGAAACUGGGAUUUCUUGAAUGACGCGCAAAACAUAUUUUCCAAACAGUAUUUGAUAUGAAUAGUUUGUAUUUUUUUUCCUGGUAUUUCAGUAUGGCUGCACUAACUUUAGUACAUUUUUCCAAGCUUUAAUUAAAAAAAAAACAAAAAUCAAGGGACUAAUUUUUAAUUAGAGCCAUAGAGUUAUGUACACUCAACUCUGGUAGUUACAGUAAACUCCAGGAUAAGAUUCAAUUUUGUUUGGUUGAUUAAUUUAAUAUCUGAACCCGGCCACUGCCCCAUCAACACCCUGGUAACCUCCCAUUCAAUCAAAUGAAAUUCUGAUUGUCGGUGUGCUGGAUUUGCUCCCCCCAAUGUCGUACAUCUUGACUAUCAAACUUAAAAUACAGAAAUUAUAACGAAAUCUAGUAAGAAAGCAAGUAAGAAUAUCACGAACAUCCAAUGGAUUACACUUAAAAUGUUUAAAAGAAAUCGAUAUGUUCAGAAAUUGUUGUGCAUAGCUGCAUUAUUGCGUGAUCUCUAAUAUGAAAAUGACAAGAUUAUUAGUUUUAUAUACGUGUGUAUCCCUGUAAACCCUGACACAUUCUACAGAAAACUAAAAGUGUUUUCUAAUAUUGUGAAUGUUGCUGCUACUAAACCCCCCCUACACCUUGCUUGCCUGCCUGCCUGCCCCCAUUUUCAUUACCUAUCAGACAAACUGAAUUUGAUUUUCAGCAUCUGACAAAUACAAAAAACACUCGUAUUUUGAAUAUAUACUAUAAUAGGAACAGUUAAAGAAACAGCAUUAUUUUUUAAACAAGGCUUUUUGUUUUAAGUCAUUUUGAGACUUUGUAUCAUUUAUUUAUUUUGCAGAAUAUGAAGACCAGCCAUUGUCCUAAAAUUUACACCUCUUUUCAUAGCACAUAUUCUUGGCUUGUUUUGUCAAACAGAUAGAUUAUAACUUCAUAAAUUAAUUUUUUUUGGUUCUGUGACCGUCUGCCUAUGUUUUAGCAUUCCUUUACCAAGCAUAAUUUUAUAAUUUGGAAUGCGAUUGUCGUUUGAUUUUUAUUUAUUUUUUUCCCACACUUGCUGUGUGUUCUCUUAUUUCCCUUGUUUGUACUUUGGUCAAUGUUUUCAGGAUAAAGUGUAAAAGAAAACUGAUGGGAUUUACAUGUUUGAUGCACGUUUUUGGUUGAAGUGAGUAUUGUACUGUACCUGUAGUUCCUUCAAAUGAGAUUUCUUUUUACAUACACUAGUGAAUCAUUACAUUUAGAAAAGAUGCCUAAUUUGUU